UCUAAUCCCCUCGAAAGAAAUAUUCCUGUUCCUUUUUCCCCCUUUUUCUUUUUCUUCUUUUGAGGUAGGCGCCGCUUUAUAGUCCCUAUCUCUCUCCUGCCAGUGGCUCCGUCUCUGUUCUUCUGCGCAGCGGCUCGGAGAAGAGGGAAAGGUCUCUGUAUUUCCUCUGAAAGAGAGGGGGGAGGAAAUGGACAAAGCGCUGAAGAAAGUUGCGAGCUUUUCCAUACCCAAGAAAGCCAAAGAGGAGAUCUCCUCCAUCGGCGAAGAUCUCUCUCGCUUUUCGAGCACUGUGGAGGAGAAGGCCAAGUGGAUCUUUGAAAAGCUGAAAGGCAAACCAUCGAAAUCUCUACCAGAUCUCCUCCGUGAAUAUGGGCUACCACAAGGCCUCUUUCCCAGGAACAUCAUCUGCUACGAGUUUGACGAAUCAAAGUCAAAGUUGAUUGUUCACCUUCCUUCCACCUGUGAGAUCAGCUUCAAAGAUUCUUCUGUGUUAAGGUAUGCGACUCGGGUCAAGGCGACCUUGUCAAGAGGAAAGUUGUCCGGAAUAGAGGGCAUGAAGACGAAAGUCCUGGUCUGGGUCAAAGUUACCCAGGUGAGC